UCAGGAGCAGUAUCCCAAACUCUAAAGAUGUGUAGUUCCUUGAAACUGGUCCUCUCUCUUUCUUGCUUCCUGUUUGUUGGAAUCUUUGCAGAGGUCGAUGAGUGCAAGGUAUCAAGGUGCAACCCCAAUGGUCCAGCCAUCCGUUUCCCGUUCUGGCUUAGAGACCACCAGCCAGCCCACUGUGGAUUCCCUGGGUUUGAGCUAUUGUGCACGGAGAAGUAUCAGACCAUGCUAAACCUCUCACACUCAGUGAAGCUAUUGGUGAAGAAAAUAAAUUACAAAUCUCAAGAAAUUCAAGUUCAUGACACAGAUGAUUGCCGUCUAACACAGUUUCCAAACCUCAGUUUAUCCAUCUCUCCUUUCCAGUUGCUAGAAGAAAAUCAAGUAGAUUUCAGCCUACUCAAUUGUUCUUCAAGUAGAACAGCAUAUUCAAAUGAUUUUCACCCAGUCCCUUGCCUUAGUGUCCCUGCUUACCAGGUUUAUGCUGUCCAUUCGUCAUAUUCCAUCCAUUACAUGGACCUAUCCUCUUGCCGCAAGAUUCACAAUGUUUCACUUCCAUAUCAAAUACUCAAGGGAGAAAAUAUUUUUCCUCUGAAUUGGGACAAACCAAUGUGCAAAAGCUGUGAAGCAAAAGGUGGGAAGUGCAGAUUGAAGAAGAGUAAUAGCAAGGAACCUGAAACCCAAUGUGUCAAAGGUGCAUCAAAAAAACCAAUGGUUACAGGUAUAACCCUUGGUUCCAUUCUUCUUAUUAUUGGAACCGUUGCACUCCAUCGUGUAUAUAGCUGGAAGAAAUUAGAAAGAAACAAUCAAAUAAAGAUUGAAAAGUUUUUGGAAGAUUACAUAGCUCUCAAGCCUACAAGAUACUCUUAUGCUGAUAUUAAGAAGAUCACAAACCAAUUCCAAGAUAAAUUGGGUGAAGGAGGUUUUGGAACAGUGUAUAAGGGAAAGUUGUCUGACGAAGUUCAUGUUGCAGUCAAGAUCCUGAACAACACCAAUGGAAAUGGGGAGGAGUUUCUUAAUGAAGUGGGAACCAUGGGUAGAAUCCACCAUGUGAAUGUUGUUCGCUUAGUUGGCUUCUGUGCUGAUGGAUUUAGACGAGCUCUUAUUUAUGAGUUCUUGCCAAAUGAGUCGCUAGAGAAGUUCAUAUUUUCAAGAACAAUUAAAAACCAUUCACUUGGUUGGAAAAAGCUUCAAGAUAUUGCUUUAGGUAUUGCCAAAGGAAUUGAAUAUCUUCACCAAGGUUGUGAUCAAAGAAUCCUCCAUUUUGAUAUCAAACCUCAUAAUAUUUUACUUGAUCACAAUUUUAAUCCAAAAAUAGCUGAUUUUGGACUCGCCAAAUUAUGUUCCAAGGAACAAAGUGCAGUUUCUAUGACUACAGCUAGGGGGACCAUGGGCUAUAUUGCUCCAGAGAUGUUAUCCAGGAAUUUAGGAAAUGUGUCUUACAAGUCAGAUGUUUUUAGCUACGGAAUGCUAUUACUUGAAAUGGUAGGAGGAAGGAAGAAUAUUGAUGUUACUGUGGAUAACACUAGCCAAGUUUACCUCCCAGAAUGGAUUUAUAAUCAUCUAGAUCAAGGUGAAGAGCUGCAAAUUCGAAUUGAUGAAGAAGGAGAUACUCAAAUAGUAAAAAAAUUGACAAUUAUUGGACUUCGGUGUAUUCAAUGGUUCCCAACGGAUCGUCCUUCUAUGAAGCUUGUGGUUCAAAUGUUAGAAGGAGAACAUAAUUUAUCCACGCCUUCCAAUCCUUUCACUUGCACUACUCCAACAAAAACAAAUGCAAGCACAUCUAAAAGAUACCUUCAACAAGAGUUAACAGUCAUCUCAGAAAUUGAAUGAAAGAUGUCAUCCUGUCUUUUUCAAUUUUUAGAAGUGUGUAAUUUAAAUAUGAUGUAGUAAUCCUUCAUCAAUGUAGGUUUAUAAUUUUACUAUUAUCAUGUACCAGCAAUUUUACUACAAUGUUCAUUUUGAGGCUCAA